AUGGCUCAAAAUAAAGCGAUCGUUGUCGCCAAGGCCGGGGACGCCCGCAUCCUGGACGUCCCUUACCCCACGCUGCCCGGUGACGAUUACAUGAUUGUCAAGACCACCGCGGUCGCCAUCAACCCCACCGACUGGAAGCACGUCAAUUUCGCCAGCCAACUCGGCAACGAGAACACACGCGUCGGAUGCGAUUAUGCCGGCGUCGUACAAGAAGUCGGUCCUGCCGUAACCCAGUACAAGCCAGGCGACAGAGUCUGUGGCUUCAUCAACGGAUGCAACAAAUUCAGAGAUACCGACGGCGCCUACGCUACGUAUGCCGCCUCCAAAGCACCCGUGCAGGGCAGGGUCCCCAAGGGCUGGUCCGAUGAGCAGGCAGCGACACUCGGCGUGUCCAUCACCACAGUUGUAAGGUCAAGGGCUGUACCAAACACUAGGCCUCCAACUCCCCGCCGAGCCGACCCAGGACAAGACCCCCUCCUCAUUUACGGCGGUACCACCGCCACGGGCAUCUACGGGAUCCAGUUCGCCAAGCUCUCGGGCUACACCGUCAUCACCACCGGCUCCCCCAAGAACCACGAGCUCCUCAAGUCCCUCGGCGCCGACCAUGUCUUUGACUACCGCUCCCCGACCCUAGUCCAGGAUAUCCGCGCCGCGGCGGGCGACAACCUCAGCUACGCCUGGGACUGCCACGCCGAUCAGGCAAGCGCCAACGUGUGCGCCCGCGCCCUGAACCAGGACGGCGCCCACUACGCCGGGCUCCUCGGCGGCAUCGACCGCGCCGUCAAGGCGGCCAACCCCAAGGCCAAGGUAUCGGUCUCGCUCGGCUACACCUCCUUUGGCGAGGACGCGUGGCUCGGCGCCCUGUACCCGGCGUCCCAGGCCGACUUUGACUUUGCCAAGAAGUUUUGGCCCCUCGCCAUCGAUCUGCUGGACGAGGGCAAGGUCAAGCCCAUCGCCAUCGACGUCAACAGAGGCGGCAGCGGGCUGGAGGGUGUUCUUGUCGGCUUGAAGGAGCUGGCGGCGGGCAAGGUCAGCGCGCAGAAGCUGGUAUAUACCCUUUGA